GAAUUUUCAUUAUAUAAUAAACUGAAAAGAGGCAGAAUGAAUAGAUCUACCUUUCAAAAACCCAUGGCUUAUGUGGCCUCACAAGUAAUCGUAAUAUCAUAUCUAGGUGUAACAUCUUUGAGAAAUCAGGUUAUAAGAAAUAAAUAAACUUUAUUAUUAUUAUUAGGAAGUCCCUCAUUUUCAAGAUUCAUCAAUACUUUUUUCAGUUGAGCAACAAAUUAUUCCUCUAUUCCAUAAUUUAUUAAGAAAUACAAUAUACGACAAACAAUUAUAAUAUAAGGUGUAUAUUAUAAUGAGAUCCACAUCGACCGAAACAGCACAAGUCAACAUAAUAGAAGAAGCUCGGCCAACGCCGUUCUUGGAAAUGUACGCGAUAGUGCUGAAGUGCAAAUUCUCUCUGUGAACUCAUAAAGCUUUCUUUGUAGAUUUCAGGACAGACUUUAGUUAGUUAUGAAUCAGAUUUAGAACAUCAAGCUUCGUUUUGUAACUCACGUUUUUCCCAAAUCUUAAUCUGUAGAAUUAUUAAUUAUUUAUCCAAGUGUUGUAAUUCUUAAUUCGAAAUAGAAUAAAUCCUUUUUAAAAACAGACUUUAAGAUACGGAAAACAUAAUUGGCGCUGCGAACAGGAUAUCGCAACGGGGUUUUAGUUCGAAACUGAAAUAAGUGUCCGCUACGGAUUGUGUCCAAGGAACUCCCGUUGAGUUUCAACUCUUGAUGUGAUAUCCAGAACCAUCAUCAACCACCCCUUCAACCCAGAAGGAAGCCAACCACUUCGAUCCAGAAGGAAGCACCACCCCUUCAACACAGAAGGAAGCCAACCACUUCGAUCCAGAAGGAAGCACCACCCCUUCAACACAGAAGGAAGGACCAACCACUAUAGGAUGCAAAUCUUGGUGAUACCAAUGAUCCUCCUGAUACAGACCCAAAUCAACCAGGCCCUUCAGGUCAACAAAAUAAUCAGUAAUGGAUACUUUGAAGAACCCUUAAGUCAGGCCAAAAUUCUUGAUCAUUACCAUAAUUUUCUCUUUUUUAUAAACAUCACGAAUUUACAAAUCAAUUAUAAUCAACUUAAUUACAACUUUAAUGCACUGCAGAAAAAUCGAACUAUUGAUGAAUUAUCUCAUAGAAUUUACCUUCAAUUAAAUUCGAAUUUAGCCCAAAUUGAACAAAUACUACAUAAAUUCAUUAACAAAAAAGUUAAAAGAGGUUUGGCUAAUUUUAUUGGCAAAGGCAUAAAAUUUAUCACAGGAAAUCUAGACGACGAUGAUCUGAAAACUAUUAACGAGAACAUAGAAAGUCUCCAUCAAAUUAAAAACUCUGAAAUUGAAAGAAUCAAUAAAUUAACUUCUUUUGCGAAUCAUUUAACACAAAGGUACUCAGAAGAUUUAGCUUUAUUGAAUGAUAAUAUUCAACAUACUAAAUUACUUUUUCAAAACAUAAAAUCAACGGAACAAUUCAGAAUGACUGUUGAAUAUCAAAUACUUCAAGCAGAAGAUCUAUUGAAUACUUUCUUGAUGCUUGAAAGAACUAUCAGUUUUGCAAUGAAAGGAAUACCAAAUUUAGAACUCAUAAAAAUCGAUGAACUUCUUUUGAUUGGAAAGUAUCUCGAAAAAAAUUAUAAACCACAACAAUUAUCUCCAAUCGAUCACGUUCAUCUCUAUAAAACUAUAGAGUUUGCUAAAAUAUCUGUCAUACGAACGGAUGAAUCCAUCACCUUUCUCCUCAAAAUUCCUAUUCUCAAACAGAUCACCACAAACUAUUCCCGAGUGUACCCUCUACCUAACCACCAAGAUAUUGCUGUAAUACCUCCGAAAAAGUAUUUGGUCAGAAUCAACUACGAAGAAUACUGGACCAAUGAAGCCUGUAUUUCCACAUUAGGCAGUUCCAUUGUCUUAUGUCUUCAACCACCAGUCAAAGAAGCCUGCAUCCUGUCAUCACCAGACCAGUGUCAAAAAGUGCUCAUCAAAAACAACUAUAAGAUAAUCCAUACACUUCAGAACAAACAGCUUCUCACCCUGUUUAAGAAUACGCAGACAAUACUAGAAGAUUGCCAUGGUAUAAUUAUGAAAAAAUCCAUACAAGGAAUAAACCUGCUACAUUCAGAUUGUACCAUCAUCAUCGACAAUUCAAUAUUUGAAAACACUGAACCAAUUUUUGAGAUGAAAUUUGAAAACAUUUCGAAACUCCCAUUGAGUUACGAUUAUAAAAUGGAACUUCAGUUAAAACACUUAAGAGAACCUACAUCAAUCCUGCAAGAAGGUGAGAAACUUCAAAAUCAACCAAUUUAUCUACACCCAAUAACUCAGCUCACGCAUUAUACCAUAAGCGGAAUUUUACUGUUUCAUAAUCAUUGGAACAAUCACUGUCAUGAUAAACAGAGUAAGAAUUAGAGACCUGUUAUACAAUCCGAGGAAAAUCAUUCGCAUCGACCUCGAGAACAACCCAGGUGAUCCCACUGAUAACGAGGACGUUAUCUGAACUAAGGGGGGAGGUAUUAUGAGAUCCACAUCGACCGAAACAGCACAAGUCAACAUAAUAGAAGAAGCUCGGCCAACGCCGUUCUUGGAAAUGUACGCGAUAGUGCUGAAGUGCAAAUUCUCUCUGUGAACUCAAAGCUUUCUUUGUAGAUUUCAGGACAGACUUUAGUUAGUUAUGAAUCAGAUUUAGAACAUCAAGCUUCGUUUUGUAACUCACGUUUUUCCCAAAUCUUAAUCUGUAGAAUUAUUAAUUAUUUAUCCAAGUGUUGUAAUUCUUAAUUCGAAAUAGAAUAAAUCCUUUUUAAAAACAGACUUUAAGAUACGGAAAACAUAAUUAUAUAUUUAGAAUACAAGGAAGGACACCUUUUGAAAUCUAAAAAUUUGGUUAAUAGUAGGUUAUUUUUCAUAAUUUAUGAAAUAAUACAGUAUAUAAUUUGCAAUUUAUAGGUUGCAUAGAUUUAGAAUACCAAAUAGUGAUUUCUAGAGAGAGCCCCCUAUUAAAUAGAAGGUAUUCUUCAUAAUUUAUAAAGGAAUACAAUAUACAAUUAAUAAUUGCAACAAUUCGAAAGACCAAUUGGACAUUCCUGAAGAACUAAGGCAUUUUAAGAAUCUGAAAAUUGUAUUGAUGUAUUUUGCAUACUCUUCUGUUGCAUAUUUCUUGAAUGUAUAUGGACAAAAAUGAUUUUUGUGGGUUCUGGUGAACGAUCAAAGGGAUGCAGAAUACAGGUAACAAUGUCAUUAGUACCAGUUGAGAUGUAGUUAUCAUAGAAAAGAGAUGAUGUAGAAAUUUCACUAAAUAAUUCUGAUUCAGUGGAGGGCAGCAGAAUGUAAAAUGGAGAGUUAGUAUGUACAGAAAUGAUAUAGAAGAAGCUAGUGAUGAAAUGAAUUAUGAUAAUGACUAUAUAUCAGAUGUCCAAAUACCAGUACUAAUCAGGAAUUGAGAAGAUCGAAAUGAGAAUCAAAGACAAAGAUAGUUCAAGAUCACAUAACGUACAUGUAUGUUUCAGACGAAGACUUAUCUAGAUGGGACGGAGAGCAAUGGAAGGCAGUGAUGGAGGAAGAAUAUGAUUUGUUCAUCAGGAAUAAUGCCUGGGAAAUUGCAGAACUUCCUGAAGGUGCCAGUGUAGUGGACUAUUACUGGGUGUUUAAGAAAAAGCUUAAUAGUGAUGGUUCGCUACAUUAUAGAGCAAGACUUGUAGCUCUGGGUUUUACUCGGAAGUAAAUUGAACAGGGCAAUUUAUGUCCCAUACAUAUGUAGUAAAUAAAAUUUUGACAGAUAUUAGUUACAACUGAUUCAACAA